AUGAAACAACCUCCUGGUUUUACUCAUCCAGACUAUCCUCACCACGUUUACAAAUUAACUAAAGCCAUUUAUAGGCUAAAACAGGCACCACGUGCUUGGUUUCAUCGCUUUAGUUCGUUUCUUGUUACCAAAGGUUUUAUUUGUAGUAAAACUGACAAUUCUAUGUUUAUUUAUUGCUCUUCUUUAGGAGUUCUUAUCUUAUUGCUUUAUGUUGAUGAUAUCAUUCUCACUGGUAGUCAUUCACAUCUUCUUGUUCAAUUCAUAGAUCGCCUUUCUCAUAAGUUAGCAAUGAAAGAUUUAGGUGAUCUUCAUUAUUUUCUUGGUGUUCAUGCUGUCCGCACCUCACAUGGGCUUCAUUUAUGUCAACAAAAAUACAUUGUUGAUUUACUCCUUAAGUUUCAUAUGCAUACAUGCAAGCUUGUGCGUACUCCUAUUGCCUCUCGCAUUUGUGUAGCUUUUGAGGAUGGCAACUUACUUUCGGACCCCAGUGAGUAUAAGAGCACGGUUGGUGCUCUUCAAUAUUUGACUAUGACUCAUCCUGAUAUUGCCCAUGCAGUAAAUAUUGUAUCUCAAUUUCUGCAUGCUCCCCGAACUACUCACAUGCAUUGUGUCAAGCGUAUUUUUAGAUAUUUGCAGGGUACACCCACAUAUGGUCUAUUUCUGCGCGCUUCUUCAUCCAACUCUGUUGUCACUGCCUAUUCUGAUGCCGAUUGGGCUGGUUGUCCUGAUACUCGACAUUCUACGACAGGCUAUGUGGUGUUCUUGGGCUCAAACCUCAUUUCUUGGCAUGCAAAGAAGCAACCAACCGUCUUUAAGUCUUCUACAGAGGCCGAAUAUAGAGCAAUUGCUUACACAGUUGCUGAGACUACUUGGAUUCGUCAUAUUCUCUGUGAGCUUCGAAUUUAUCUUCGUCAACCAGUUGGUGUGUUUUGUGACAAUGUCAGUUCUACAUAUAUGUGUCGAAAUUCGGUGUUCCAUGAUCGUUCCAAGCACAUUGAUGUUCAUUUUCAUUAUGUUCGUGACAAAGUAUCUCAAGGGGAUCUUGUUGUUAAAUAUGUCCCGACGCAAUUACAAGUUGUUGACAUUAUUACAAAAGGCUUAUCCUCCUCUCAUUUUUGUUUUUUACGUGACAAUCUGUCCGUUACUACAUGUCGUCCAGAUUGA